AUGGCGCACCCGCUCAUCAAGCCCUCUGGGCCUGAUGCGACCGCCUCGACCCCGCCACGCGCGAGCUCGCCCGGCCCGUCUGCCGCGUACACAGGGUACUCAAUGUCGCCCCACAAGGCGAGCGGGUCUUCGCACGCCUCGCAGCCGCCUGGAUUCGAUGGAGCGCCCAUGGAAGACUUGAGUGGAUGGGGGAAGAGUGCUGAGCGGUUUGGAGGCAUGGCGCAGGCUGGACUGAGGCAGGAGGACGGGACGUUCCUCCAUUCGGAGACGAACGCGGGCUCGUCUGAGUCUCAAGGGGCACCAGGGAUCCGCACGCCACUCUCGAGACAAGCCUCGACGUCCUCUGCAUCGUCCUCGUCGUCUCUCGCUUCGUCGUCUUCGUCCGCUUCCGGGUUCAACACGACAGCCGAGGUCUCCGAUCCAGAGGAGGAUGCAGGCGCAGGAAUCGGUGGAGCAGGGUACGGGCGCAUGGCGGCGACGAGCUUGGACGAGCACACGGCGCGGAAGACCCGCGAGGACCAGGAGAUGAACAGGUGGCGCGAGGGAGCGAGCCAGAGCUAUCACGGCGGGAUGGGGCAGGGGUACCUCAGGAUGAUCCACGCUCUCGCCCAGGAAGACGCUCAGGAGCGGCGGAAGGAACGCCGCGAGCAGAAGAAGCGGCGCAAGGCGAAGAAGCAUCACCGCCACGCUUCUCACUCUGCAGACGACGACGCUGGUGACGAGCAGAAGAAGGAGAAGAAGGAGGGCUCGAACGCAGGCGACGAAUCCAACGCCGACCUCUCCAAGUUCCGCUCCCUGCCGGAACGCGCAGCCGCGAACCCCUCCCUUGCACGCUGCGACAACGAGUCGCCCAAGUCGACUGUCUCAUCCGCCCAACGCCAGCUCCUUAGCGGCUCAGCAACUUCAGCCAGCUCGCACCUUCGACACCAGCGACCGAAUAUCCGCGCCGGCGGACGUGACGGUGAAGACCUCUCCAAGUCUUCGAUCUUUGCGAUUCACCGCCCUAUCGCUGCCGAGCGACGACGAACGAUGUCGAGCACGCACGGGACGGACGACGAGAGCGGCGAGCCGGACUUGGCGGAGCAGGACGAGGAGUACAAGGAUGAGGGAGUCAGGUUGCGGAGGGCCGGGAAGGAGGAGGGCAAGAGACCGGAGAUGGGCGACAGGACCGAGACGAGCGCGACGGAGAAGACGGUCGAGACGAUGGAGCGGCGACAGAAGCUGGCGGAGAAGCUCAUGGACGUGUUUGGGCUUGAGGAGCCGGAGGAGGUCGUUGCAGAGUACGCCUGCUGGCUCUUCCGCUCGAUCCUCCUACAAGGCUUCCUCUACAUCACCGCCGGCCACCUCUGCUUCUACGCCUACCUCUCGCAGAAGGAGGGCGCGACCAUCCGGUCUGGCUCGCUUUCGGUUCGCGGCAGCAGGACGAGGCGGUAUCGCAAGCACUGGUUCGUGCUCAAGGACAGUGUGCUGAGUUGGUUCCCCUCGUCGACGGACCCGUACUUCCCGGACGGCCAUAUCGACCUGCACUACUGCGUCGCCGUCGAACCCUCGACCAAGCACUCGCACCACUUUAAAGUCUCGACGUCGGAGAAGCGGUACCACUUCAGCGCCGACUCGGAAGCCUCGCGCGACGAAUGGGUCAAGGCGAUCAAGAAGGUCGUCUUUCGAUGCCAGAACGAGGGCGAGAGCGUCAAGAUCGCCAUCCCGCUCGAGACGAUCGUCGACGUCGAAAAGUCGUCGAGCCUUGAGUUUGCCGAAACGAUUCGCGUUCGCGUCUACGAUGCGGACGAGGGCUACUCGAUCGACGAAUACUGGCUCUCCUACUUCAAGAACAUCGACGGCGCGCUCGAGAAGAUCAACUCGGUCCUCGAGGCGUUCAGGUCGCAUCACCCUUCGUCGCAGGGAACGAAGGAGCCGCUUCCGCCUUCCGCCGCGCACGUUCAGGAGGUCGAGGACACGACUCGCGCUGCGCAGGCCGAUCUUGGCGAGUCGGACCAGUACCGCCAGGCAGAGUCGGAGCAUCAGCCUCGUCGGUCGGAGGAGAGCGUGCGGGACGUCGACGAUGACCCGAAGAGGUCGAAGAGUCUCGGUCAGCGCGUGUCGUCCGUCCUUUCGCAGACGACUCGGCUCGGAAGGAGCUCGCCCAAGUCGAGUCGGGCGCCUGCGUCGGCGCCAUCUUCUGGUCCGCCUGGCACGCCAACAAAGGCGGCUUCGACUCCGCCGAAUCUGCUCAGUCAGAGCGGAGCAGCGCCCACACCUAUCUCGGCUUCGUCGACCCCUGCAUCUGGUUCGAUCGCGACGCUUCGCCCUUCGUCGCAGCAACAGCCACAGGCAGGCACGACUCCGCCGUCGGACGACAUCGCAGUUCGCGGCGUUGCGACCGUCACAGCUGCGGCAGCUACUGCGCCCACACCGCCUCCCGUCGGCUCGCCGCCCAAGAUGGAGGGAGACGGAACGAUCACUUCACUUGCUCCAGCGCUGAGUCAGCCGCCCGUCUCGCUUGCCGAGGAAGGUCGAGCUUCGUCCGAAGACACCCUCAGCCCGCGCCAGCACACCUACCCUCCGGAGCCCUCGACUGGACCUCCUCCCGCCGACGGCUCCGGCAACCGCCGCACCUCGACGCUGAGCAAGAUCCUCUCGGCUCCCGCCGGCGCCGCAAGCUCCUUCGGUCAAGGCAGUCGCAAGAUCCUUGAAGUCGUCACUCUCUCGUCCGUGCCGGGCCGGAAGAAGAGCUCGAAGAAGGGGGCUGUGGCGGAUGCGGCGAUCACGGAAGAGCCGGAGGACAUGGUCGCCGAGGAGGAGGACAAGGCCAAGCGAGUCGACGACUUCCGCAAGCUGUUCGGCCUGUCGGAGAAGGAGGACUUGCUGGAAGAAUACCCCGCCUACCUCUUCCGCGGACUCCCCAUCUACGGCCGCGUCUACAUCUCGAACAACUUCUUCUGCUUCCGAUCGUCAGGCAUCAUGCCCGGCAAGUCGAAGAUGAUCCUCCCGAUCAACGACAUCAUCGGCGUCUCGAAGCAUCGCUCGUACCGCAUCGGCUUCUCCGGCCUCAUGGUCGUCAUCAAGGGCCACGAGGAGGUCUUCUUCGAGAUGAACUCGACCGAGCGACGCGACGCCUGCCUCGAAAAGCUCGACCAGCAGCGCGAGGUCGUCAAGCAAAUGCAUCGCGAGCAGUCGAAGCAGGAGGACGAUUCGGAGGAACACCGCCAAUUGCAAGACUUGCUCGACUUGUCGGCAUCGAAGGCAACCGAGUCUGUCUCCGAGCUGCCCCAUCCUCGGUCGGAGGCGGUCCCCGGACAGCCGCCAAUCAUGUUCUCGUCGACAACGUCCGACUUUGUCACCUUCCAGCCGGAGAAGCCCCUUCGCUUCACAUGCUUGACGAUCGGCUCGCGCGGCGACGUCCAGCCGUACAUCGCACUCUGCAAGGGCUUGAUGGCGCAGGGCCACCACUGCAAGAUCGCCAGUCACGCCGAAUACCGCAAAUGGGUCGAAGGACAUGGCAUCGACUUCUCGCCAGUUGGCGGCGACCCUGCCGAGCUCAUGCAGCUGAUGAUCUCGCACGACUUCUUCACCAUCUCGUUCAUGAAGGAGGCUGUCGGACGUUUCCGAGGAUGGCUCGACGACCUUCUCGCGUCGGCUUGGGACGGCUGCCAGAACACGGACGUCCUCAUCGAGAGCCCGAGUGCGAUUGCCGGCUACCACGUCGCCGAGGCCUUGCGCAUUCCGUACUACAGGGCCUUCACGAUGCCUUGGACCCGCACUCGCGCCUAUCCGCACGCUUUCGCCGUUCCCGAGGUGCACAUGGGCGGCGGGUACAACUACAUGACCUACACGAUGUUCGACCAGGUCUUCUGGCGUGCGACGUCGGGCCAGGUCAACCGGUGGCGCAAGGAGACGCUCAAGCUCCGCUCGACGAGCCUCGAGGCCAUGCAGCAGCACAAGAUUCCGUUCUUGUACAACUUCAGCCCGGUCGUCGUCCCGCCGCCGCUCGACUGGCGCGAGAACAUCCACGUCACGGGCUACUGGUGGCUCGACAAUCCCGACGACUCGAAGUCGAAGAAGUGGGAGCCGCCGAAGGAGCUCCUCGACUUCCUGGAUGACGCCGAGAAGGCGGGCAAGAAGGUCGUCUUCAUCGGCUUCGGUUCCAUCAUCAUCCCCGACCCGCUCGAGAUGACGCGCGUCAUUGCCGAAGCCGUGGAGAAGGCGGAGGUCUACGCCAUCGUCGCCAAGGGCUGGUCGGACCGGGCGUCGAAGAAGGAGGACUCGGAGGAGCAGAAGGAGGAGGAGGAGCAGGCCGAGAAGCAGCACCACGACCUCCUCGACAAGCCGUUCAUCUUCAACGUCAAGUCGAUUCCGCACGACUGGCUCUUCCCCCGCAUCCACGCAGCCGUGCACCACGGGGGCGCAGGAACGACGGGCGCGAGUCUCCGAGCCGGUCUUCCGACCAUAAUCAAGCCCUUCUUCGGCGACCAGCACUUCUACGCCGACCGAGUGGCAACCCUUGGAAUCGGCACGCACAUCCGCAACUUCAACGUGGACAACCUGACCGAGGCGCUCAAGAAGGCUGUCGGCGAUGAGAAGCAGAUCGAGCGUGCACGCCUGGCUGGCGAGGAGAUCCGCAAGGAGGACGGCGUCGCGACGGCUGUCGAGUGCAUCUACCGCGACCUCGAGUACGCCCGCAGCCUCAUCCCCGCCCCGGCUCCGGUCGACAAGGACGGCGACGUGUCCGACAGCAGCUCGACGAGCUCCGACGACGGAGACGAGCCAGACUCGAUCGACGAGAAGAAGCCUGUCUCGAGCGAGAAGGCCGCCGUCGCUGCAUCUGCGCCCUCUACGCCGGUCAAGCCGACGCACGACACCGCCGUCGCGAAGGACUCGCCUCCCGGAACCGAGUCGCGAACGACUUCGUCGGACGAAGGCUGGGACGUCAUGUCGCGAGGUUCCGCCACCGGCUCGACCUGGGACGACUCGAUCUCGCGCGCUUCGUCGGCCACUCGCGCUCCUCGUAGCGGAAACGCGCAAGAGGCGCUCGAGCGUGACCAGGUUGAAGGCGAGCCGUCGGUCGAGGAGGAGCCGCAGUCGGGCUUGACGGCGCGGAUGCUCGGCUUCCUCGGCAAGCCCAUCAAGCCGGGUAAGUAG